AUCAAAUCGCCAUCAAUCUUAUUUUCUGUGUGAUUAUUUUUUAGCGUGCUUGAAUAGUUUGGAUCGAAAGCUUGAUUUCGUUUUGGUUAAUUCUUUUUGUCAUUUUUGCUGAAAAUAAGUUACGUUUGACAAACAGCUUAAUAUACCAACAUAAUAAACGUUUAUUUUCCUCAUGAGAUAUGAGGAUAAGAUUUUUUGACGAUUGCAGAUUGCCAUUGAUAAUUUAUUUGAAGCUUUAUUAGUGAAUGCAUGGUUACUAUGCCGGCAGCAUCUGGGCCUGUGCAAGGCAACGGCAGGGAAUCAUUUGUGAACAAUGAGUUGUGUGGAAUUAGAGAUGUGUGGGCUCAUAACAUGGAAGAGGAAUUCAAAAUCAUUCGUCAGAUUGUUCAGCAGUAUAAAUUUAUUGCAAUGGAUACAGAAUUUCCUGGAGUGGUAGCACGACCUAUAGGAGAGUUUCGAAGUACUGCAGAUUAUCAAUAUCAGCUUUUAAGAUGUAAUGUAGAUUUGUUAAAAAUCAUUCAAUUAGGUCUGACAUUUUUAGAUGAGAAUGGAAAAUCUCCACCUGGUUUUACUACUUGGCAAUUUAAUUUCAAGUUUAAUCUAACGGAAGAUAUGUAUGCCCAAGAUUCAAUAGAUUUGUUAACAAGUUCUGGAAUUCAAUUUAAAAAACACGAUGAAGAUGGUAUUGAUCCUUAUGAAUUUGCCGAGUUGCUGAUGACUUCUGGUGUUGUGCUAUCUGAAAACAUCAACUGGAUAUCUUUCCAUAGUGGUUAUGACUUUGGCUACUUGUUGAAAUUACUAACUGAUCAGAAUUUGCCUGCAGAAGAGUCAGAAUUCUUUGAGCUUUUGAGAAUCUAUUUUCCAACUAUUUAUGAUGUGAAAUAUUUAAUGAAGAGUUGUAAAAAUCUGAAAGGAGGAUUGCAAGAAGUCGCAGAACAAUUAGAACUUGAAAGAAUUGGUCCUCAACAUCAAGCAGGGAGUGAUAGUUUACUUACAGGUGCAACAUUUUUCAAGAUGAGAGAGAUGUUCUUUGAAGAUAACAUUGAUGAUGCUAAGUAUUGUGGCCAUUUGUAUGGACUUGGUACUUCGUACGUCAUGAAUGGCAAUGCAACCCUUGAAGAAGCAUCUCCAAUACCAACUACAUCAACUUCUUGACAAAUGUUAAUUUAAGGUCAUCACAUCUUUCAUCUUUUCAUAUUUAUGGAUAUUAAUUUUUUUUAGGGUAUGAAUUAUCACAACGUGGUUUUAAUUCCAGAUAUGUGUUGGCAAAGAUAGAAGAUUCUAUUGUUUUAUAAUUCUAUGAGAAAAGAAGUUGAAAGAAGAAGGGGGAAAAAAUUACGAAGUCUACUGUGGACUUUUUUACAGAAUCCAAGCUAUAUGUAUAUUAUGUAAUAAUUAAAAUGUUUAUAUCAUUAUUCAUUUAAAUAUUUCAUUUUAUUUUUUGCAUUUUUGCUUAUGUAUUAUCAUCAUUUUUUAAAGGCAGCAUGAAAAGAAAAUUGUCUGUGUUUUAUUUUUGUCCAAGCCUUCACUUGAUCUUUCACAAUAUUCUAUAUUUUAUUAUACUCUGUUUAAAACAAUAUUUAAUAUAUCAUGAUAAUGCAAUUGUCUGUGAACAGUUUUCUUUCUCUCUGUCUUUUUUUAUACUCUGAUAGAAAUUCAAAUGAAGCUUGAUGAUUCAUGUGAAGAAAAUGAUUGAUACAAGUGAAGUUUUUAUCACAAUUUUGGUUUAUCACUUUUAACAUCACUUGGAUAUCAAAGAGUUUUAAGUAUAAAGAUAAAUUUUUGCAAUGAAUUUAUUUCAUAAUACAGUAUCUCAAUAGGAGAAUUAAAAAUAUUUCAAAAUAAGGGCUAAAUAUUUCUAAAUGAAAUUUUAAAUAUGUUGUUGUGUCUUUGGAAAAAUGUUAAGGUAAGAUAGAAAACUGCUUUUCAAACUUCAGCGAAAAUGCUAAUGAGGCCAUAAAUUACCAUUGAAAAUGCUGAACAUGCAUAUAUAUAUCUAUAUAUAUAAAACGUCCAUAGUAUGAUCUCUGAUGUAAAAGCAUAGAAGGAUUUUAAUUAGCACUUUGCAUGCUUAAGAAAAUUGUCAUGUGUAUUGAAAAGAAAGUCACACAACUAAUUUCAUAUAUUAUAUAUUUACAUGUAUUAUAUAAAUUCUAAAUUUUUUUCAUUGUAUGAAGAGCUUUUUGAAGUCAUAUAAUAUAAUUAAAUACUGCAUUUUUUUCUCCAUCUUACUUGCUGAAAAGGAAGAAAGACAUAUUUUAUCUUUAUAUGAGAGAGAAAAAAUUAAAAAAAAAAAAAAAGGAAGUCUAGUCAUUUGGAUAUAGUUUAUUAUGCAUUUAUUCUUCUGAUAUUUUUUAAUUACGAAAUUUAAAAUUUUAGACUUAAAAAGCAUUGAAUAAUUUUCACUUAUAAAAAUAUCAUUUUAAAGGCACAUUACCCAUUUGUCCAAGUUAUUUUGUGAUAAUUUGAUGGAAUUUUUACCAGUUGUGGAAAUUUUAUCCCAUGUAAUUAUAUGAUUGAGCUGGAUACCUCAAUAUUUUUCUCUGCAAGUAUUUACAAAGCAAAAUUCUUUAAAAUACCUAUAUCUUUUUUGCUACCGAUACUUUCUUUAAUAUACAUAAUAAUGCUGCCUAUUAUGCACAGUUUUAAUUUACACCCUAUUCUAAAACUACUGAUAGGCAUAUAUUUAAUUAAAGCAUUCAAAGUGUUGUCACAAGUCCUGUUCAAUGUUUCAAUUUUAUAUUGAAUAUUUUGGUCUGUGCCAAUUAAAUAUGUUUCAUUAAAAAAAAUCCUUCAUUCCAUGCUAAGUAUUUCUAUCUGUUAUAUCAUUACAUAAAUCAUAAUUUUUAUUUUCAUCCAAGAGAACAUUUUAAUUUUUAUUUAGAAAUAUUAGUAUAUUAUUUAAAAAAAAAUUAAACUUACUGUUUUAUGUUUUAUGGUAAACACGUAUUUGAACACAAAUUAAAGAUAUGAAAUUUAGGGUACAGUAGUAUAUUCUGAGUAAAUUUAUCCCCCCCCCCUUCUCUGUAAUUCCGUAUAUGACAAUUUUUACAUGGAAGAAUGGAGGUCUCCUGUCAGUAUGAUUUUGAAUAGGUUGUCUGUUAUAAACUUUCUUUCUGGUGGUGGUGGGAAACAGAAUCUAAAAGAUAUAUUUGAUUCUAACUGCUGAUUUUUUUUGUAAUUCAUAUUAGUGAUGCUGCUUUUACAUAUAGUAAUCUUGAUUUCAGUGUAGAUAACACAACAGUAUAUAUAAUAUGUCUGGUGCUUGAAAUACAUGUUGCUGAUUUUUUGUGUCAUAGAAAAUAUUUUUUAUUUGCGAUAAAUUCUUCCAUAAACUUUCAUUUUAUUUUCUUUGAUAUAUGUGUAUGGUUAUAUUUUGAAUCUCAAAUUUUAAUUUUUUAUUUAAGCUGUUGCAGUUUCAUUGAAAUAAAUUAUGAUUCGAAAUUUUGUCCCCCCCCCCUCCCCCCUCCUUUGACUUAUAAGAAUAGAACUAUCUCAAUAGCAAUAAUAAGGAUGUAGUGAGGAAGUGGAAGUUGCAUAUAUUUUAUAGCUUCAUCUAAAGCUGCUUUUGUAACAACAAUCAAGAAGUAGAAAUAUUUUUAGAACAGAUUUCUCUUUCUUUUUCUUCCAAAAAUUAUUUUGGUGAAUGCUUUGAUUGAAUAAGGAAAGUGCAGUAGUAGUUUCGCAAACUUUGUCACAACUGGUUGAAGAAAGUUGGAGUUGAAAGAUAGAAAAGGAAUAAAUGAUUUUAUGAAUUUUUAAUUUAAAAUGUUAACAUUUUACAGUUGUGUAAUUAUCGUUUGUUGGUUUUGACAUAAUAUAACAAUAAACAAAAUUAUAGAAAAAGAUUCAGAAUAUUUCUGUAUGAAUGGUUUUGAUUUGCAUAGUUUGGGAGAUAGCAUGUUUAAAGUUAUGAGAUCUAAUAACAAUUGUUCUUUACUAUCCUGCAGAUAGUGUAUUUUAUUCAGUUGUAUACAGAUUUUAAGCAAUUUUGUAUUCAGAUACCUUUGGCAUGUUUUGGGAUUUGCUUUUUUUGUGUGUUUGCUUUGAAAUAUUACAUACAUAUAUAUUUUCUGUGCUAAAAUAUUUGGCCAGCAUUGUGGACUUGUUUUUUUUUUUUUAAUUAUGAAACUUGAUCUUUUUGGUAUUGGUCUUCAUACUGAAGUAUUUUUAGUUGAAAUAGCCAUAAUUUUUUAUACUGGAAAGGAGAAAGUUUUGUGUUUCUUUUAAUAUUUCAUUUAAAAUCAGUUGACAUAUUGCAUAUAGUAUGACAUUAUUGGCAAAAGUGUUUAUAUAUUGGAAAAAUAAGGCAACAGUUACCAAUAACAUUUAUAAAAUGACAAAAGUGUAGCAAUUUAGGCUUGGAAAAUAUAUAAUGAUGUUUGAUUUUCAAACUGCUCAUAAAUUUUCAAAAGUGAAUGGAUUUCUUUUUUCUUCUUUUCCUUUAAUAUUUUUUAAUUUAAAACUUCCUGUCUUUUGAUUGAAAAAUUUUUAUUAAAGAAUAAUUAUAAAUCUAUAUAUUCAAUUCACAUGAUUUUACUAAGUAUAAUGCUGAUAUCUGCUGAGUUAGGAAAGCUUCCUUGGAAUUUUAAACCAUAAAAGUUUAAUUAAUUGAAAAAAAAAAAAAACCCAAGAAAAAUACUUCGGAAGUACAUGGGAUUUGAUAUUUUGAAAGUUAAUUUCUUCUCUCUUGAUCACAGGUUUUUUUUUUUCAUUGCACUUUCUAACAAUUUAUGAUUAAAAUUAAAUAGAAGAGGGGAAUGUUGAAAUUUUAUUAACUGUUGAGGAUAGAUAUAUAAAACUUGGUUGAGACUUUUGCAGUGCUUCUUAAUAUAAGCCCUUUAUUUUGUAUGUGUAUUGUUAAAAAUUGUCCCAAAACAAUAAUCAUUUAUGCUCUUAUUUAUUUGCAUUGUUAUCUCAAGACUCAAUAAACACGAUGAAAAUGUUGAAGAACAUAAGCUAGUUAUAGAAUUGGCUAAGGGAGGUUUUAUGUAAAGAAGAAAAAUUUGGAGAAAGUUGCAUCUGUUUGACUGUUUAAAGUAAAUAUUUAAGAUAUUCAGAUGCAUUUUUUCCCCUUCCAUUAGAUAAAAUAAACAUUAGAUGAACUAAAAUCUUCUAUAUGAUCUGAUAGUUUGAGAAAGAGCUGCAGUGCCAUGAAUGAUAUCGUUAACAUAUAACUAUUAUAGAUUUAAUAAAGUAAAUCUGGAUGAUGAAAUAUCUGCACUUUUCGCAAAUUUUUAUUCUUUGUUUAAACUACUGCAUAACUUUCUCUAUUCAAAUUGCUAGAUAGUAUUUCUUGGAAAUAAUAUGCUACUGAGAGUUGUUUUGGGAUAGUCUAUGCCUUUGAGAGUUUUAUGUGAAUGCACUGUAAACUAAUUGUGCAAAAAUGUGAGAUAACUUCUAUAUAUUAAUCAUUAUGAAAUUUAAAAAGAAAAAAAAAUAUCGAAACUUUUAUCUUUAUCAAUUUUUGGAAAGAAUAUUUUGUUUGACUUUUCUAAUUUUGCAAGGGACAUAUAUUUACAAUAUAACGGACAAAUAAUAUAUAUAUGAUUAAAUAUUUAUGAAGUUUUUAUAUUAGAAAAUUCUGUAGCUGUUGUAUUGUAUCUUAUCUGCUUUGCAAUU